UUGCGUUUUGGACUACAUCUUUCCAUGAGAAACACAAGGAGGUUUCAAAGAUUUGAAAGUUUGCUCUAUAUGUGCUUAUACUUCUUCAUGUUGCCUCCAUUUACUAAUCAUCUCAGAACUUAAACCAUGGAAGAAUCCCCAUUCAGUUCUCGGGGACGAGACGAACCUGAGUUCAGCUUGAGAGAUUGGGCUGUCAAGGCAAGAGGAAUCAGCCGCGAAAACACGAAUUCCAGAAGGUUCUCAGCAUCCUACAUUAGAAGCUUUAGAGAAGACACAAGAUCUUUCAGAUCAAACAUUACCAUCUCUAGCACUGCUUCUUCGCCUGGCUAUGCCUUAAGAGAUGAAAUAGACCCUGCAACUUACUCUUUCACUACAGCCAUCAAAGCAUUACAAGCAAGGUCUGCCUAUCAUAGUUGGGAGGCUUUAUCCCCAGAUGGCUUUGCUUUACAUUCAAAGUGGAAUGAAGCAGAGAAAUACAUAUGCAACCCUCUUUCAGGACAAGUCCCAUUAGAGUGUUUAUCUGCAAAAACACUUAGUGGAAGAUCGUUUCGAAACAUGACGGAUCGAAUCACAAUGUCUGCACCUCUUGUUUACUCUUCUCACACUAGGCCAAUCCAUACCACCAAGCCUUCAAGUUCCACCAAAGAAGACUUGGCUCGUCAUUUCCCAAUUCAAGAAAAGAAAAAUGAGGGUAUGACUAGAGAUGUUGGAACUCAAAGCACUCCUGAUAUCAGUUCUAGCAGUCUUAGCUCUGCUUCAACUCCUCCCAUUGUAGAAAGAUCAUUAAACCGAUUUCGUGGUGGAGAUUCACCAAAUUCAAAUUCAAAUUCAAAUUCGAAACCAAAAUCUGAGGAAGAGGAUGGAGAAGAAGAGAUGGAAGUGAAAGAUACUGAAGAGGGAGAAGGAACAAAAAGAGAAAAGGAAGAGAGAAAGAAAAAGAAGAGCAAAAGUGGAGGCAAGGUGGGUGCUUGUCAUGGAUGAGAAAAAGGUACAGAGAGAAACACAAACCAAGAAAGAAGAACAUGUUUCUUUCUCAGCUCAAAGGGUGCUGAAAAUGAAAACAAAAGAGAGAGAGCUGAAAAUCAAUAAGGUAGAGAGGCCCAUUGGAGGGGUCUAAGAGAUUCUCUGUUGCUGCAGGGUCACUGAGUUUGUCUCUGAGUAAGAAAAGAGAAGAAUCAAUCUUGUAAUGUGGUCUUUAGUGGUUAUCUUGUAUCGGUUUUCUUUCUGUUGUAUAAUAGCUCACUCAUGUUUAUGCUUU